AUGGAUUUUCUUAAUUCUGGCCUUGGCAUGUCUAGUCUCUACACAGCUGCUGCAUUCCCUGGACAGUUCUUUAUCAAGAGACUCGGAGCACUAGUCGCCUACUUUGUUCUUCGAUUAUGCUCAAGCGUCGUGGUAAAGGCAACGAACCACAAAUACCGAAAACAAAUUGUCAACGACAUGCUCGGACAAGACUUGCGGUUCUUUGACAGACCUGAAAACCCCACGAGUGCCCUAACUAGCCGUACAGACUUUUUUCUAUAG